ACUCUCGUAUAUAUCUGCCGCGUACUCGCUGUCGCCACGAGUUCGUUACAGUGACAUCCGAGGGCUUCAGAUUUCGAGCGCAGAUGUUCGGUAGGGUGAGCGAUCUACUACGCUGGUUCAAGAAACACUUUAGGGAUCCCGUCCCUGGACAAUCCACUCCGAGUACACCACGCGGCGCAAUGACUUCUAGGACACCUUACACUACUACGCCAGGAAGAGUUAGCGGAAUGAAUCAAGAAGCAAUACAGCGAGUUGCACAGAACCUCCCACAUCACAUGUUGCACUCGCUAUCGCAAGUGGCGAAUCAGACGCCGCAUCACUAUCCGCCACACACACCCGGAGCGGCUAGCGCUACCGGCUACGGCGGAGUACACACGUAUCCCAACACGCCGUAUACGCCGUCUGGCCAAACUCCGUUUAUGACCGCGUACCAGACGCCUCAUCACACUCCGCAUCAUGGCCAGCCUACUCCCAGAUACGGCCAACAAACCCCUAGCCAUCAUCAAGGGCCCUUCGUGCACCCGCCGCCGCCCUCGAUGACACCCAGCCAUCACAGGUCUGCUCAAUCGCACAGACCUACACCACCUCUGUCCACUCCUUUCGGCGACCCGACGGAUUGGAAGAAGGCCGCCGAGGAUUGGGCAGCACGUAUAAAAAGCGGUUCGCGAGUCUCCGGAUCGACGCCCAGGUACGAGGAGUCUAGAAGAACUCCACGUAACUAUGACGAGCCGGUCGGCAGAACAACGCCCUCCGGAAGGAGCAGACCUUCGUCUACGCGUACUCCGUCGUACAGAUCUCCGCGAGGCACCCCACAUACAAAUUCUAGUCCACGAAGUAUGUCGCUCAGCGGAGACGGUACUCCUCUGUACGACGAGAGCUAACGGGAUUGUGCAUAGCUGAUUAUAUUUAUUAGACAACGUCAUAUCACGCUAUGAAUGAAUAAUAAGAGUGCGCGUACUCUCGACGACGGGGCUUUCAUCCUGAGACGUCGAUUGCUAACGAAAUUGAACCGAUCAUUAAUCGUU